AUGAUCGGAGCGGUCCCCGGGGCGCGGGAGGCCACGUGCGGGGCAUAUUCAAAUCAGAAUCGCACGCGGCGGACCCCCGUGUUGGCUAAAUACGCCGCCCGCACCGCGCCGCGCCCGGCCCACCCACUUACCGAGGGUCGGCCCUAUGUAAUCGAAUUUGAAAAUUAUUCUAAAACACUGAAUAAUGUAUUUCGAAGGGACCGCUCGCCCGGAGGCGGCGCUCGGCGCGCUGAUUUU